AUUUGUUGACUUCACUUUCAAACUAUCCGUUCCACCUUAAAUGCUGCCGCCGCUGCAUUGUAGUGCCUUUCUCGGCGAUUUGAUUGAUACAGUGCAUUUAAGGUGGUAUGGAAAGUUCCACAAUAAAGUUGUAAAAGUUCAGAUUUAUUAAAAGUUCGUGCCAAAUGCUGUUUACUGGUGGGUGUUGGUGCUGUUUAGAGUCGUGUGAGCUUCGUGUCGGAAGGAAAGUUCAUUGUUUUGCUUUGUUUUUAAUCUGGGGAUUGUAAUUGAGGCUGAAUCACAUGUUCAGGCUGAGCUGCAGCCGAGAGCUGGACUGAGGGCUGUGGGGGCAACUAAUGCAGCAACCUGGGGCAAAACAGAGUUAGUCCUGCAGUCUGGAGCUGCUCUGAGGGCGGUGUAUCGGGCUGUAUGAGUUCUACACGGUCUACAGGCUGUUCUCUGUGUGAGAGAGGAGUCUGCAGCAGUGAAGGAGAUAAAUAUUGAGGAGUUUGAGUGAGGAGAGCCACGGUUUCCGCACGGCCAUGUCCUACAGCCAGCGGGCUCUGGUGGUCCUGGCGCUGCUGGGAGUUCUGUCCGCGGUCAUGUCCGUCCUGUCCGUGUUCCUCAUCUUCCAGCUGCAGGCUCGCCAAGGCAAGGAGGCUCCGUCCGUCGUUCCGAGCGACGUUUCCGCCGUUUUAAUGCCGGUCUCCGUCGUCCUUUCAGCGCUUUCUCUCACCCUCAACUCCAGCUCCGUGGUUGUGUGUCUGCUGCACAGCUACUUCUCAACCGAGGUCUGCCGAGGAGGAGAAGACACGCAGAGGGCUGACUGGUUUCUGUUGGAAAGCAGGGCCGUCCGGCAUGUAGCCAUUGGCUUGUUCUGCUUAGGGAUAUCCGUUUAUCUAAGCGCUAUGGCCAUUUACAUGCUGCUGGUUUUCGAGAUCGAGACAGGAAUAGCCAGCGUGUGUGUGCUCUCCUCUGGUGUGCUUGUACUGCUGGUCAUAGUGGCUCACUCGCUCUUCAGAGCGGCACGCACAGCCAAACGCUUCCGGCACCAGCAAGUCAGCACCGUGUACCAGAACAACCCCGAGAUCAGCCCUGCCAUUCACCCCUCAGAGCUCAGCUUCAGAGAGAAGCCUAGGAGGCAGCUCAGUCAAGCCGACCUGCACCACCAGUACACCUACCCACCCUCCACUGAUCCCAAACAACAGUACUCGCCAUCCAGGGGCCAGCACAGUCACUCCAGCGAGAGAGAAGCCUACAACACCAGCGGCGGCAGCAGCAGCAGCCGGAUGCACAGGACCCUGUCUGCGGAGUCUGGCCUGCUUCAGGCUCAGGCCAAGCCUUGGAACGGCGUUAACAACGAGAUGAGGACUGUGCUGGCUCGCAAAGCCACCAGUAAAGACUCCACACUAGUGUGAAGAGCUAUUACUGUAUGUGUAAUGUCUUCAACUGCUGAUUAUUUUACUACACAGUAGUUCUAGUAAUAAAAUAUACACCAGGCUGUUAAAUAUAGGUAUACAUUAUAGAUAUAUCUUAUUAACUGUACUUUACUCUAUACAUUCCAUGUAGUACUAAGAUCUGUAGUACUGCAGUAUCCCAGGUUGACCACUUACACAUUAAUAACACUAAAUUAAUAAAAAAUAAACUCACAAUAAAAAUAUCUGGAACUGGAAGACACUGCUGUAAUUUGUGUUCAACACUAAGGAGUAUUCAAUCAGAUUUCAAAACAUAAAACCAUAAAGAAAACUACAUAAAAGCUUUCACAUACAAUAAUAAUGUAUCUAUUAUAAUUAAAAUAAAGGACUUUUAACUCACAAUGACAUUGGUAAUAAAAUGUUAAGAAUGUCCUUUUCACCUGUGUUUUUGUUUUAAUCCCUAGAUCCACUUGUUGACUGCCAUCACUAUUAAGUCAAUAAUAUUUUAGGGUAUCUGAACAUCAGGUAUGGGGAAAUUAAAUGCAAGACUUUUUAAUACCAGAGCCAAAAAUUAAAAGCCUGAAAUUAAAAUUAAACCUGUGAUUCCUGUAUUUUCUGAGAAACCAAUAUUUUAAACAAACAUAAAUCAACAAUUUUGCACAAAAUAGUACAGUUUGUCCACUUAAAUAUAGAUUUUAAAGCAAAAUGUUAAAAUUCACACUUCACACAAAAUGUGGAAAAUAAGUUAUCUAAUGUUUGCAGCUUUAAGUUUGGAAUAUGGAAU